GGUCAGCCCAGGAGUCUGCACACCUGCAGCUUGUUUCUACCGCACACAGAUGGGCACGGGUGAAAAUCUUUACAAGUGCUGCAGACUUUGGCAAAGCCUUUAAAUUCAGAGCAGCCCAGAGAGGAGAAAGGAAAGUGGAUGUGGGUUCAGGCUGUGUGAAAUGGAGUUCCAAUUGCCUGACUUAGCUUUGAAGCAAAUCUUCUCUUUCCUGGACCUGUUCGGCUUGCUGCAGGCUUCCCAGGUGAACAAGCAUUGGAAUAGGAUUGCAGAGAGCGAUUUCCUGUGGAGGUCGCUAUCUCUGCAGAGAUGGGACUGCAGCAACUUCACCAAUCAACGCCUGGGCACACACACAUGGAAGCAAUUUUUCCUGCAUCAAAGAAGGAAGGAGCUUCGGUUGGCAUUGGCACAGCCGCAUAACUUUAUCUACAAAGCCACUAAGAACAUUGCAUAUGACAUGGAGUUGGCUUAUCUCUCAGGAAAUAGCCUGACAAUGGAUGAACAGGAGAAAUCAAUCAUUUGUGGUGUAUCUCCAAAGCAAGAGCUUUGCGCCUGGGAUGUGCAAGAGGGCACCAUGAUCUGGUCAAGCCCAGUCCAGGAGUUCUGUUUCUUAAAUCUGGUAACCCUUCCUCAGAUGCAUCUUGUCAUCACUAUGGAUCAGAAAAAAACUAUCAAAGUGUGGAACUGUCAGGACAGGGAUGCUCUGGCCAUUCUCCGCAUGCCAGAGUCCUGUUAUAGCAUGGAAGCCUAUCUCACAAAGGAUGGCCCAUUCCUGACGGUUGGUGAUGCUGCAGGUGACAUCUACACAUUUACACUGCCUGGGUUAAGGGAUGUUUCUAAAGUUACUGCAUUUCAAUAUGGUAUUGUAUUUCUACACUGCUCUCCUGACAAGAAAUGGGUAUUUGCAUGUGGGACAUAUCGUCGUACCUUGCCACAGGUAUUCCUCACAGAGUCCUUACUGAGACCAUCAGAAGGCAGUGCUCCUCUGUCUACCUCUCUCCCACAUAAAUUAUGUGUCAGCGCCUGCUGGACCCCAAAGGUGAAAAACAGGCUAACACUGAUGUCCCAAAGUAACCCUGAAAAAAAGACAGAAUUUAUCACCUUCGAUCUAACAACCAAGAGGACUGGAGGCCAAACAGUCAUCCAAGUACAUGAGAUUGCAAGUUUCCAGUUGGCAGCUCAUCUGGAGUCCCCUGCUUGGAUGGGAGCCAAUGAUGGAUAUACAAUUGUCUUUACCAAUGGGCCAUACUUGUUACUCUUCAGCAUCACUGGCUUCCUGCUGCAACGAUUUGAGGACCACCAGGCAGCCAUCGACAACUUCUGGGUGGAUCCUCGCUAUGUGCUCACCACAUCCAAGAACUCUGUGCACGUGUACAUGUGGGAAGAAGGAGGCCGCCAUCCAUACCUGAGGAGCUGCUAUCACCUGGAAAACAUAUGGCACGAUCCCACAACAGAUGACUGCAUCUCCAGUGUGAUGUGUGAUAAUGCAAGCAUAGUACUUACGGUGACAGUAAGUGAAUACAGCAUGCUGGUGAUGUAUUCUUUGAACACGUAAUAUGGAAACUAACAAAAUUGACCUUGCAUCAUCUUCUGCAAUGUAGUAAAGAGAAUUCAUUUGCAAGCCCAGAAUGAUUAUUUUAGUGAAAUUUAGAUGUUGUGGCCUGAAGUGGUGGCACAUGGCUGUAGUCCCUGCUACUUGGGAGG